AAGAAAGUAAUAUGUCUUCUUCUUCCUUCACUAUUUUUUUAUUUUAUUUUUUAUUCUCAAGUAAUUUUAAAUAAAAAAAAAUAUACGUUCUGGGAAGAAGGUAUGCAGAAAAAAAUAUUUUUCUUCCGUACAUUAUGUAUUCGAUAUUCACAACGGAAUUCAAACAAAAAACAACAAAACUGAGCAAAAGGACGUUAUAUGAACCAUCUCAUAUGAACCAAAAUGACGCAGCUGUCAAUUUAUGUCGUUUUCUGCAUUAUCGAUAUCGAUAUAGCUAUAGCAUUCUGUUUCUUUACAAGAAGAAUGCGUGAUGCAUUGAAAGUAAAAUAAUGAAGUAAUUAAUAAAAUGUAAUCCUCCAAGGAUUCAAAAUGGGUCGAUCAAAAUUUCCUGGAAAGCCCACUAAACAUAUACAUCGAAAGAGGGUGAACGUUCUUCCACCAACAGGAGAAAUAUCCAAUGUUGAAUCCUCUAGUUCAGUGACAGUUGAUUCUGUUGUAGAAAACAAACAGGAGGAAGAUGUCAAUGAAAGUGAUAGUGAAAGUGUCCCCCCUGAAAAUGCUGUGAGCAGAAAAGUCCCCAUGAAAAGAAGACUGACCAGGAAGAUGAAAUCUGUGCUAAGAAAUAAAAAUGCCAGCAAGAGGAGUCUAUUGUCCAAAAUGUGUAACAAGUCUUCUGUAAAAUCAAAGAUGAACAAAGGGCCAAGAACACCUCUUACUAGGAAAUCAGUUCAUCAUAGCUAUGCAGCUUCAUGUAGGAAUAAAGUAACAAAGGAACCUACUAAUCUAGUAGGAAAAUUUGUAUUGCCUACAAGAAGUGUACAUUCUUCCAGAGUGAUUAAACCAAACAAGAGAUUCAUAAGUGAAUUGAAUGAAGGCAUCACACUAAAGAAAAAGAUUGGCAUUGGGAAGAGACAUUGUCUGAAGCAGGAUGAAGAUAAAUCAAUAAUAGAAUCAGAAGAUACUGAGAGUGGCAGCUGUAAUAAUGAAAGUGAUAAAACUACAUUUACUAAUGGACACAGAGUAGUCUUGAGGCAAGCUAGGUUGAAAUUACCCAACCAAAUAGGUACUCAGGGUCCUUUCUCCACAAAACCUAACAGUUCUCCUCCUGGAACUGUAACAUGUGGGGUAUGUGGUGCAGUGAGAUUUUACCGCUUCAUAAAACAGGCCAGAAAAUUCAACAUUUAUAGCUGUGAGUCUUGCAGAAAGUUCAUUUCAAAAAUGAUAAAGAGGCAAGCCUGUGGCAAUAAGAAUACUCAAACUAUGCUUGUUUGCAAUAAAGGACAAGGCACUUGUCAUGUCCCACCAGUAGUCAGAAACCAGCAAUGGAAACUUACUAAAUGUGCUUACAGAGCAAGAUGUACAGCAUGUUGGUUGAAAAUGUGCCUUCGCUCAUUUCAUAUGCCACCAUCAUUGAAGCAAAGUCUCACUCUAAUGCUUCCUAAGAAUAUGCAAGGUUUGGAUGUCAUCUUCAACAAUACUCUUCCACCUUUACUAUGGCAGGCAAAUGUAGCACCAAAAAUCCUAGUAGAUAAGCUUCAGGAUACAACAAAUUUAAAACAAAGACCUGUGAGGUUCAAAAAUCCUAAACUUCAAUCAGUACCUAGUGCUUCAGUUCCUAAUUCAGAUAUCAAAAGGCAGAAAAUUGACCUCAAAGGACCUCGUGUUAAACAUGUAUGUCGUAGUGCUUCUAUAGUGUUGGGACAACCAAUUGCAAUCUUUGGUGAAGUAGAAAAGAAAUGUGAUACUCAAGAUCAACUUUCAAAUGAUAUUAAAACUAGUAGUGAGGAGAAAACAGGGAAUGAAAAGAACAUAAUGGAUGUUAAAGUUGUUUCAUCUAGGAGUGAUAGUAAUACCAGUGAAGCAGAAUCAAACUGUAGUGAUAGAGUAACUAGAAUACAAUGUUCUUUCAGUGAUUCUUCUGAAUCAGUUACUAGAAGGGACAGGCUUAUUAGAAAUGUGUCUGUCAGUUCCCAGAACUAUCUAGAGACUAAAGCACCUGAAAGAAAGAAGAAUCUCUUGGAACCACAAAAUGGGAUCUCCAUAGACUUUUGGGAUGGUUAUGACCCAGACAGUAUAUGCCAGAGUGGUUUCUGCAUUAUUGCAUCUGAACAGUUCCCCAUGCCAGCCAUUUGUUUUCUCUGUGGCAGUGCAGGGAAAGAAGCCAUGCUCCACUGUUCUAUCUGCUGUGAGCCCUACCACUCAUUCUGUUUAGAGCAGCCCCAAUGUGUUUCUGCUAGUCAAAAUCCUAAGCAGUGUACUUGGGUUUGUCCCAGAUGUACAACUUGUAGUGAAUGUAAUCAGUUUGACAGACAAAAGGUUAGCUGCCAAAAGUGCCUGAAGGCUUACCAUCCAGAAUGUUUCAAUACAAAGUGGAAUAGUGAGGAUAAGCCAACAGUUUGUUCAAGAUGUUUGAAUUGUAAGAGCUGUGGAACUGAAAAUAUAACCAAAUUUAUUGGAAACCUGCCUUUAUGCAUCACCUGUUUCAAGUCUAGAAAAAAAGGAAACUUUUGUCCAAUAUGCCAGCACUGUUAUGAUGAAAAUGAAUGUUGUUCAAAGAUGAUGGAAUGUGCCAAGUGUAUGAAAUGGGUACAUGCCAAAUGUGAGAACCUGAAAGAAGAACAAUAUCAGAUGCUGGGUAUUCUUCCAGAAUCUAUAGAAUAUAUUUGUUCCUGUUGCUGCAAAUCAAAAACUCCCCAAUGGCGGACAGCUGUUACUAGUGAAUUGAGGUCUUGUUUCAACCAAAUAUUGAGGCUCCUGAGCAAAAACAAAACGGCUAGGAAUCUACUCAAGUGGAGCCCUCUGAACAACUCGGCAUCUUCAAGCAAAACCAUCACAAAUGUUAGGAAAAUAACGUUCUCCAAUGAAGAUGCUGAUUUGGAUAACAAUAACUACAGCAAAGAUAUGCAAGAUGUACAUAAAAUAUAUUCUUUCGAAGAAAACGAUAAAUAUGAAGCGGCAUAUACUAAGGGUUCAAGCACUGUAUCCAUGGUGGAUAUCAAGAAUAAACUCAACUCCAAUGAAUACAGAUCUGUCCGAGAAUUCAACAAAGAAGUUGAGCACUAUCUCAAGUCACUCAAUUGUGAACAGCUGUUGAGGAUCUACCAGAACAUAUUCCAGGACGUUUUUCCUUGGUAUCAGCAAUCUCUGGAAGCCGACGAGCCGACAUGUGUGAAAACCCUACCUCAAGAAGAAUCUCAAAACUAUAUACAAACAGAAGAAAAAGCCGACGUGGAAAUUCUACUAUCCACCCCUGAUCCUAGAUUUUGUGGGUUCUGCAAAGGCCUAGGAGACGGACCGAAACAUCAGGAAUCAAGAUUGUUGUAUUGUGGUCAAAAUGAGUGGGUGCACGUCAACUGUGCUCUCUGGUCAUCUGAGGUUUACGAAGAAAUCGACGGAUCUUUACAAAACGUCCAAAAUGCUCUGAAUAGGGGACGGUUGAUUCGGUGUGCACAAUGUAAACAAAAAGGCGCCAGCAUCGGGUGCUGCUACAAAGGCUGUCACGAAACCUUUCACUUCAGCUGUGCCAGGACAGCAAAGCUGAAUUUCAUGCACGAUAAAACUGUGUAUUGCGCAAUUCAUGAUCUACCGGGAAAUAGUCACGUCAUAACGGUGGACAAGGACCUUGAAGUACAUAGAUCUGUUUAUGUGGAACUAGAUAGGAAAAAGCGGAAAUACUCCGAGAUACAUCGGGUCAAUUUCAUGGUAGGUUCUCUGUGUGUAAAAAAUUUAGGAAAAAUUGAGCCGGCAGUAUCAGACAGCUGCGAGGCCAUAAUUCCGAUGGGGUUCGUAUGUACUAGACUGUUCUGGUCAACUGUGGAGCCUUGGAAACUUGUUCCUUACACAAUCACCACAUCCAUACAAAGUCGCAGUAAUUACACUCUAGCUGUCGACAGGAAUUUCACGGUGGAUCACACGUUAGACAAACCAGCUGUGGACAAAAUGAUGAAAGAGAUGAAUGCCUGGCAAAAAGAUGUUGAUCGCAAAAUUUCCGAUACAGAAUCGGAGGACGACGAGGAACAGCAAAACGGCGAUAUUUUGUCCCCAGAACUGACAGAUGCUAUUCUCGAGGAACUCCCGCAUGAUUUACUGGAUGGAAUUUCCGUGCAAGAUAUUUUUCCAAAGUUAUCAUAUGACGAUCUGAUCAACAUGGACUAUAAAACAGAUUUGAGCAACUUGGAGAGCUUCACAGAGAGUUGCAAGAAAUCUGAGCUAGAAGAAGAUAUAGAUCUGGAUAAAAACAAACGAGGCAACAAGAUCGACUCACUGGUGAAAUCACGAGCUUCCCAAAGAUCUUGCAGCCUCACGCUAAGCUGUAAGCUAGACAGUUCCAUGUCUCCUGCGAUGAAAAAAAGGAAAUUAGCAGCAGCUAGGGAAAACAGUAUGAUUUAUCAACUUCUACAGGUUGAUGGUAAUUGCGAUGAUGGCAGCUCUAGUGAGUGUGGUUCCCCUACAGGCUUAACAACCGAAAACCCGUGGGGCACUUACAUUUCUGAAGAACCAGUUACAUGUGAUAAAUGCCAGUCUACUUACCGUACCCAAGCUAGUUAUAAACGACACUUGGAGUCUUGUGAAAUGCUUUGUACCAGUGAGAGCGAUUCAGAAAUGAACGCUGAUCAAGAAGCCAUCGUCACGUACAUGAAUCCAUCUCAAAACCUAGUUGAUAAUCAGGUCCUGCUAGAUAUCAACGAAACGCCUGUUGUGAUAUCUUCCUAUGAGUCAUACCAAAGUGAAAUACAUACUUCAGUCCUUAAUACUCAAAGCUAUGUUGCUUCAAAAUCCGCAUCUGACAUAUUAACUAGUCCACAAGGAGAAGUGGUCAUUCAGAAUUUACCGCAUCUGAUUGAACAAAAAUCUUUGUUACAAACCGUACCAGUGACUUCCAUUGGUUUGGAACCCUCCCAGACUGAUCAUACGUUCACUGUAACUCAGCCGAGCAUGCUGAAUGACGCACCGAUGCUCCAUCCGAAUCAGACACAAUUCUGUGUGAAUCAGAGUGUGCCAAUGUGUUUGCCACAAAAUACCAUCCAGGUGAACCCCAGCACAAAUUAUGCUGGGAGUCAGAUGGUUUCUAUAAAUCCCAAUGGGUCUAUUGCUUUGAAUCCUGUCCAGUCCAAUUUGAAUCAGAUGAACCAGCAGCCGAUUGAUUUUCACCAGGCCCAGUCAGUAACUAUCCAGUCACUCCCGUACAACAAUGCCAUUUUGAAUGUUGGACCGCAAAAUCAGUUCAGUAAACUUAUAACUAACCCAGUAUUACAGACCGUCAAUGUGCCAGGAAACCAGUGGGUGAAACAUAUCUCUAAACCUACGAUGAUAGCCCAGAAAACACUCAAAACCAAAGGGCGUAGUCGGACGAUCGCAGCUAAACGUCCACAUUUCGACGAAGGAGAUACCUUGAUUUUCCCGACACAAAGCACCGGACAGAUGAUAGUGCAACACCUUCCGUCCACGAAUUAUGUACCUACAUUGAUGGACGCUUUCCAACAACCUGGACAGAAUUUACAAUACGUUGCUACUAUAUCGCCCCAAGUGAAUACAGUACCCACUCAGUCGAUAGUACAAAUACAGCCAGAAAAUAAUAUUAUCAGUAUAGUACCAGGUUUACAACAAGGAAUGUAUAUACAACAACCACGCGUCGAGAAUCAGCUAGUCAUGGACAGUAACGGAACUCUAGGUUGGUCUCAACAGCAAACAGUACAGCCAGUGUAUUACGGUUUUGAAACGAUCGUGCAGAAUACCGUCAUGCAGUCACAACAGUUCCUUCCGACUACCAUGCCCGGCGUUUUAACAGCUAAUAGCAGCUACUCAACCACCACACAGGUAUUUCAGACCAGUAAACUAGAGCCAGUAUUGGAUGUAGCCUCGAAUAGUUUUGUAUUAGUCAAUCCAGGACAGCUAGUAAACUCGCAGCCAUUAGUCAACUCACAAUCCAUGGUCAAUCCCACUUCUAUUGUUAAUUCCCAACCUAUAACACAAUCCAUUACAAAUUCACAGAGCUCACAACAUGUGGCUAAUUCACAACCUCCUAUGAUCCAUUCACAUAUUGUUAAUCCACAGCCAAUGGUUACCUCACAACCUAUUGUUACAUCACAGCCGGUUCUCAACCAGCAAUCUGUAGUCACCGCUCAACCGAUCAUGCAUUCUCAAUCUUAUAUCAACACGCAACCACUAAGCAAUCCACCUCCAGUUAUCAGUUCACAACCGCUCAUCUCUUCACAACCAGUUAUCAAUUCACAACCAAUUAUCAACUCACAACCAGUUAAUACUUCACAACCAGUUAUCUCUUCACAGCCAGUUAUUACCCCACAGCCAGUUAUAAUCCCUCAGCCGGUAGUAACGCCGCUACCAGCUCACUCCAUGGAAAUGUCACGGUUUUCCCAGCCUCAACCACAAAGUUUACCACAGAUUCAAGUUGAGGUGAAAAUUUCCCGUCCUGUGGAAAUAAAACCGUCCCAACCUCAGCUUAUGAAGUAUGCACAGUCACUAACAUCACAUAAGCAAUGUACUCCUAUUGCUUCUGCGCACAGUAUCACACUUCCCAUUGCCCCGUUCGUUUCGUCUGAGCAAGGCAUUCCUACAAACAUUGUGACACCCAUUCCUAAGCCUCCUAUUACCCAGGGAAGACCGAUGAGUAGGGUUCUUCCGAUGCCUACAAAUGUCAAUAAAGAGAUCAAGAAGAUAAGCUGUGAUGAUGAGAAACUAUUCUUCAUCGAGGAAAAGAAGAAAACUAUCCAGGCGAUUAAGCUAGAGGUUAUCAAACCUCCGGCCAAACUCAUUACGAAAACUGCCGUGACAAAAAUUGAACCCAAGAAAGUGGAACUGAUUGAAUCCAAGAUCAUCAAACCUGCUUUGACAGCUCUAGUAGCAGUAGCUCCUCCGAAACUCAUUCAAGAUAUCGUGAAGGACAUUAAAAAAGAGGAAUGUUUCAAACAAGAACCCAUCGAGCCUAAAACAUUGGAAACUGUACAGAAAAUUGAAACGUUACACUUUGAUCUUAGCUUGAAGGCCGUAGAAGAAGAAAAAUUGCCGUUGCCAGAUCCCCAAUCUCUAAAACCAAUUGAAAUAUCAAUUCCUGAAGAUACUAAGCUGGAUACAUCUUUGAAACUAGUAUUCCAGAAACAAGGUCAAGAUGGAUCUUAUAUCAUAAGUAAUUUCACUGCCAAACAACCUAUCCAGGUGGCACCAUUGAGGCCUAUCAAGUCCAACAGUUUCUCCCAGACUCCUUCAACUCAGCAGACCCAGCUUAGAGGCCAAGAAAAGGAACAAGAACAGUUCGAGGCGAAAGAAAAAGCCGAGGACAUACCUAAAAGUCAAUGCGCCAAGAAGGAAAAUGAUAACACACCAUCCAUAUUGUACACCAUGGAAACGCAAGAUGGCUUGAAGUAUUCGUCAUCUUCAGUGUCCGAUCUUUGGACUAGGGUUUUAGAUGCUGUUCAAGUAGCCAGAGCAGCACAUAAUAUGCCACCUUUGCCGACAGAUAGCAACAGCAUGUUGAAUUCUGUUCAAUUCUUGGGAUUCAAAUCGAAUGGCUUGAAGUAUCUGAUUGAACAGUUGCCAGGAGCAACUAAAUGUACCAAGUACAAAUCUGUUUUCAAUUUUCCACCUCAUCCCAGUGACAUUGAUGAUGAAUACGCCCAGGACCACAUCCACGGGACCAUCAGAUGUGUUCCAUAUGACAAACACAAUUGUGAGCCUUAUGACAUGUUUGGAUGGCUUUCUUCUAAGCAUAGGCAGCCGGAAGAAAUUUCUCUGGAUACACUGGAACUGUUGCCAAGGAGGGUGGUGAAUUUACCAAUGGCAAUGAAAUUCCGACAGUUAAAGCUUACAUCAAAAUACUCAGUUGGUGUUUAUAGGUCAUUGAUUCAUGGACGAGGAUUAUUUUGUCUUAGAGAUAUCGAAGCUGGAGAAAUGGUGAUUGAAUAUGCAGGAGAAGUGAUCAGAUCAAUUUUGACAGAUAAGAGAGAGAAAUAUUAUAACUCCAAGGACAUCGGAUGUUACAUGUUCCGUGUUGAUGAUAAUUUUGUAGUAGAUGCCACAAUGAAAGGGAAUGCUGCUAGAUUCAUCAAUCAUUCCUGUGAUCCGAAUUGUUAUUCGAGAGUGGUUGAAAUUCUGGGACAUAAACACAUAAUAAUUUUUGCACUGAGAAGGAUAUUAAGUGGGGAGGAACUCACAUAUGACUACAAAUUUCCGUUUGAAGAGGAUAAAAUACCGUGUACGUGUGGAUCUCGGAAAUGCCGAAAAUUCUUGAACUGAUCUUCAGUGGGAGACCAUCGAUUGUAUAGUUGUAUAUUGUUCUGUGUAUUUAUAUUGUAUAUAUCUCAGAUUUUAAACUGUACGUAAAACUUUCCUUCCUCAUGUAGCACCUAUACAAGCCAUUAAAGUUACUAACAUUCUUAAAAUAAAUGUAAGUUUUGUAAAGUCAGUAUUUGAAGAAAAAAUUAAGUGUUUGGCUGUGAGGAUAUAUAUGCAUUUGUGCCAUUGGCUCCAUAGGUGCUAUAUAUUUGAAUUUUUGAUGAAUCAAUAUCAUGUGAUACAUUGUGCAUACUUUUUGCGGUUUUUCCCACUUCAUCUAUUCGCUCAUGAAACGAAGUUUUCCAAAUAUUCUAUUUAUUCUUCACACUGUACAUAAGUAUAUAAGGCGGCUAGAUUAACAUGCUUGCAUUUUCUUCUGCAAAAAAUUAUGCUGUUAUUCUGGAUUACUUUGUUUUUUGUCCCCAUUGAGGGUAUUGUAAAUACGUGUUUUUACUUAUCUACCAAAAUGAGUUUAUUUUUGUGUAUCAUAUAAAUAUAUUGUACACUCUUUCCCAGCUGAAAUGACUCACGAAUUUUUUAAUCAUCUGAUCAAGAGGUGAAUCAAAAGGAAGUCAUUUUAGCUGGGACAAGUGGCAUAUGUAUAAUUUAGAGUUCAUGCUCUCAAGAGUUUUUAUUUUGGAAAAUUCAAUUAAGGUGUAUGAUAUUUUUUUUCUAUGAUUUUUGAGAUCCAUGCAUUUUCCAUUAACUUUUAAAUAAUUUAUACUCCACUGAUGUAAGAUUCAUGGAUGGACAUUAUGAUUCUUUAUUUUUUUUAUAUAAUUAGAUGAUGAUAUAUUUGUAAAAAGAAAAAGAAAACAGAGUAUUUUAUGAUAUAAUAGACAUAUAAUUAUAGAAACUUUUAUACAUUUCGCGCUUCAAUUGCUGUUUUAAACAAUAGUAUUUUUUUAUCAGUUUUAUUUUCUAUUCUCUAAUGAUUCUUUUUUACUCUCUUUUAACUUAUUGUCUUUCUUCUAUCAAGAUAAUGAGCACCAUAUAAAUUUGGGUCCUUAUUCACUGGUCAAGUUACUAAAACAAAAUCUAAAUACUGGUCAUUUUCCAACAUUUAAUUUAUGAAUUCUUUCAUUUUCAAUGACGUCACAGAUGGCAAAACAUGUUUUCAUUUCAACAAUUCUCAUGAGCCAUAAUCUAAUUUUAUUUUUUAAUUCAUACAUUUGUCUCUCAAAUCCAAACAUCCUCGUAUCUUCGUCAUUUUUCUAGGUAUCAGAUGGUUCUUAGAAUAAUUGUUUUUUUUUCUGAGAAACCAUCCUAGCAAUAUUUAUAGAUGAGGUCAGAAUUUUUUUGCGCGGGUAGAGCAGAACUUCACAUAUCAGUCCAUUCAAAUAAUUCAAGUCAGUAUGAACACGUGAAGAUACUGUUAUAUGAAGAUCAGAUUUACCCCGUUUGUUCUGUGUAAAUACAGUCAAGAUUUGUGACAUAUAGUAGGUAUAUCUAGCUUUACGAAGUAUCUGAAUGACAAUAUCAACAUAUCAAUAUUCUAUUUUAAAUGUAGAACGUGAUUCUACACGUGAUAAGAGGCCUUGUAAUGUACAUACAUGAUUGUAUGGGUUGAUUUUUUCUCCAGUGUCUUAAGAUAGUGAAUUAUAACAAGAAACGAAUCAUACCCUACCUGGUGCUUACUACUUGUAUAUUCAUUUCAGCAGCUGUGCUAUAAACAUGUAUUUACUUUUGUCAAUAAAAUUAUUGAAACUAUACAGCAGCAUUCUUG